AUGCUCGGCUACCUCACGCCAAAGGAUCCGACGACUCAGUCUGCAUUCCGAAAUCACUUCAUCGCAGCGACUGGCGAGUUUGUAGGCACCUUCAUGUUCCUGCUUAUGGCCUUCCUCGGCCACUCUAUGGCUGCCAGUCAAGCGCCCGAAUCAGGUCCGACCGACACCAACAGCAACCAGACUGUUAUCUUCAUUGCCAUGGCGUACGGCUUCAGCUUGCUGGUGACCGCAUGGACCAUGUAUCGAAUCAGUGGUGGCUUAUUCAACCCAGCGGUGACGUUGGGCAUGGUGCUCACCGGCACGCUGCCGUGGUUCCGAGGCUUGAUUUUGUUUCCUGUACAGAUCAUCUCUGGUAUCUGCGCGGCGGGCGUGGCGAGCGCAAUCAUCCCUGGUAGCAUCACCACUGUGCAGACGACACUCGCACCGGGCGUCAGUGUCGCUCAAGGUGUUUUCUUGGAGAUGUUCCUUACGGCCGAGCUCGUCUUCACCGUCCUCAUGCUUGCGGCGGAGAAGACAAAAGCCACAUUCAUCGCCCCUAUUGGCAUUGGCAUGGCCCUCUUCGUAGCCGAAAUCGCAGGUGUAUAUUAUACCGGCGGGUCGCUGAACCCAGCUCGCAGCUUUGGACCAUGCGUAGCUGGACGCAGCUUCCAGCACUACCAUUGGAUCUACUGGAUUGGUCCCUUUCUGGGCGCAAUCAUCAGUGGUGGUUAUUAUCACUUUGUGAAGUUCUUCAACUAUGAAGCAGCGAACCCGGGCCAGGACAGUUCCGGAGGGACAUUCGAUGCGAACAUCGAGCGCCAAAAGAGCGCAGAAGCUGAGAGGAUGGCCAACGGCGAAGACUAUCGCGACAAUAACAUGGAUAGCAGGAUGGAGAACGGCGAUGCGCGACCAGGUGCGCAGAGACAUGAGAGUGAUCUUCAUCCUGGUUAUAACGGCAACCGCAUUUGA